GCUAAAUGGAGCCCUGCCCUUCUCCAGUCUCACUAGUCUCUUGAGUUUCUCCUCUGUCGCUCACUUCCCCAUCUGCAGUUCCAGCUACUGGAGCUGAGGCACUGUUCACUUUUCAUAAAAGCUGCUUAGGAAAAGAAAAACAUUGUCAGAAAGAAGAUGAGAACUACAUACAUUCUAACUCUCUAGGCUUUUAUGUUGUCAUUCUGCCUGCCUAACUGCUUCUUCCCUUUUGGUUUUUUCAACAUCCAAUGACCAACUAUCACAGUGGUUAUGUUUUAUAGUAGACCCCAACCUGUGUUAGAGGUAAUUUUAAUCAAGUUUAUGUGGGCUGGCCCACAUUAGAUGCUUUUUCCCCAUCUUCCUGUUAUUUGAAGGUCAGAACACAUACAAUAUGACAUGUUUUUGACAUAUCUUGGUCAGCAAGUCCUUGGAUAAAAUAAAUGUUUGGUUGGAAGAAAUGUCCUUGAAAUGUAUUUUUGUUCAGUGUCAUAGAUAAGGAGCGAUAUGUUUUUUUUCUCGAUUUGCUGAAAUGCUUGCAAUUCUUUUAAGAGAAAUGUACAGUCUGCGGUAAUGGUCCCUACUUGAAUACACAGCCCAGUUUAUUUUACCGACACCAAAUCUGAGUUAAGGUGCCAAUGUGACCAAACAGGUAUUGUUUGAAAAUGUGCUGUCCUGGGAAUAGAGAUAUAUGAUGGAACUUGAGCCUACAAUCAGAUGAGCGUUCAAAAUUAUCUCAUGUUGAAUAUUGUCACCUUAAAACACGAUCUUUAUGGCAUUACUGAUAUCUAGAAGAAAAAGAAACGCACACCUAUUUAGGCGAGGUGCUGGCUAGCGGAGUAGAAAACUUGAAAAUUAGGCUACAGAUAACACAUAGGCAACUUCUAUAUAGUUAUGACAGCCUAUUGGCAAUUCACAACAUAAAGACAGUGGUGGUUGUAAACUUGAUCAUGUAACCCCUGUCCUCUGCAAUUCAUACUUUUUCCCCAUGCGACUUUCUCCUCUCGCAGCUCUCUUGGGGGUGGAGAGAAGGAAAAUGAGCAACAGCCGUUAACUCACAGUUAAAUCGGAGGGACUUUAAUCUCCAACAACUGUCAAUCAACAUUAAUGGGCUAUAUAAAGCCAUAUUGUCGUCAUACCCGUAGUCAGACAGUGCUGGGAUUGAAAAGGCUAAACAUAGUCGAAGACGUAAAAUCCAAAUAUUGUUGGUUGGUUGGCGCACGCACUGUUGGCAUUGGCACUCAAUGUCAGCUAUUGUCACUGCAUGUUCGUACUGUGCCUAUUAUAACAGAGACUUAUGUGUCAACCUCAAACUGGAGUGAUGAUAAUUCUGUCGUAGAGGGGUAGUGUUAUGGAGAAGACUUAAAAUUCCAACAUCUGGCAUCCACGCACUUUGGGAAGGUGUGCAUUGCCUAUGUGGAUAGUCCAAUUGUAUUCUCAGAAAAAGGCAUCUUUAUACCUCAAAGUCGUAAUGGAACUAAAUAACUUGGGACACGCUUUGAUUUUCCCGUUCAACAUCCUCUUCUGCAUAUUAAAAGCAUGCUUUGGGUUGUUGCUCCCGAGCAGACGGAAGGACCUACGUGGAGAGGUGGUGCUGAUCACCGGCGGUGGACGGGGCAUCGGUCGGCAUUUGGGGAAAGAGUUCGCAAAACAUGGGGCAAAAAAGGUGAUCCUGUGGGGCCGCACUGAGAGGUGCCUGAAGGAGACCUGCGAGGAGAUCUCUCUCACCACCGGAGUUGAGUGCCACUACUUCCUGUGUGACGUGGCCAAUCGCGAGGAGGUGUACAAGCAGGCCAAGGUGGUCCGAGAGAAGGUAGGCGACGUCACCAUUCUGGUGAAUAAUGCAGCAGUGGUUCAUGGGAAGAGUCUGAUGGACAGUGACGAUGAUGCCCUGAUGAAGACUCAACACAUCAACACACUGGGCCAGUUCUGGACCACCAAAGCUUUCCUACCCCGCAUUCUGGAACUUUGCCAUGGCCACGUGGUGUGCAUCAACUCCAUACUGUCCCUGUCCUCCAUCCCGGGGGCCAUAGAUUAUUGCACCUCCAAGGCAUCAUCCCUGGCCUUCAUGGAGAGCCUGACCCUGGGCCUGCUGGACUGUCCAGGGGUGGGCUGCACCACCGUGCUCCCCUUCCACACCAACACAGACAUGUUUCAGGGCAUGAAAGUCAGAUUCCCUCAGCUCUUCCCACCGCUGAAUCCUGAGCUGGUGGCCCAGCGGACGGUGGACGCCGUCCGGACCAACACGCCGUUCGUUUACUUACCAUGGACCAUGCAUGCUCUCGUUAUCCUCAAGAGCCUCCUGCCUCAGGCGGCCCUGGAGGAGAUCCAUCGCUUCUCAGGGUGCUACACCUGCAUGGACACCUUCAAGGGACGGACAUAGGAAUGGAGGCCAGGCACGAGUACUGCCCUGGUCGUUCUUGAAUUGCGGUGGCAUUUGCGUCGCUUGCCUUUGCAACCAUGAAAAACACAUUUAAAAUGACAUAGUUACACAUCAUAAAUGUUUUUGUAUAUAUUGAACUGUUUAUAAAUGGUAGAACAUAAUGCAAGUCCUUUAUCCUGCAGAACUGUGGGUUUAGGCAUUGUUUAAAGUACUUAGGGUAUGCAAAUUGGCUUGUCCCACUAGUGAUGUGUAGAAUUGUAGUGUUUUAGAGAUGCUGUAUCUAUCUAUUAUUAUGAAUGCUAGAAAAUGAACUAAACUAUUUAAUAUAUUGUAUAGAUCAAUUAAAACAAAGGCUAUUUAAAUACCUAUUUUCUUUACUAGUAUAACGUGUCACUCAGUUUCAUGUCAUUGGUGUUACUGCCUUGAAAAUCACUCAUUACAAAGAUUAACAAGGACUCCAGUGGCAAACUGUUAUCGGGGAAGGGUCUAUAUUAAAGAGAACUCUUAGCUAAUCACACCCUUUUAGUAUGUCAUAAAUUGACAGAUUCCAUUAACUUGGUGUGUCUAAAUCCAGUGUCCGUUGGUGUUUAGAUGAAGGGGGAAAAAACAUUGAGCAAAAUAAUUAAUCAUAUUACUUUUAAAGGAUUAUUCACUUUAGAUUUGAGCAUAUGUGGCCUCCAUGUCAGAAAAUCCUUAUUUACCUAAAAUGUCUCAUUGGUUUUACCAUCCUUGGUGUUAACAUUGUGCCACCAGGUGGAUUAUUAACAUAAUGGUAAAACAGUUGUAAAUUCACCAUAUUUAUUUAGAAUGGGGAAAAUGUACCCAAAUACAUAAACUAGAAAAAUGAAGUUAAUUUUCUCCAAUGCCAUGCCCAAAUGCCACUGUAAUUCAAGAAUUACCUGCACAUUAGAAACAUUAACGUCGCAGCUUGGGCACCUGUUGUGUAGCUCUUAGUGCCGUCUAAACAUGAAAUUACAGUUGCUAAUGGUAGAGCACAGACGGGGCCUUCAAGAAAGUAUUCACACCCUUGACUCAAAAUGGAUUCCAUCUCAAAUAUUCUCGCUCACGCAUCUACACAAUACCCCAUAAUGGCAAAGUGAAAACAACUUGUUUUUAGACCUGUUUGACAAUGGAUUGAAAAUUAAAUAUCUAAUUUAUAUAAGUAUUCACACCCCUGAGUCAAUAUGUGUAUAUUUGGCUUUGUUUUAUGUUAUUGUCCUGCUGAAAGGUGAAUUUGUCUCCCAAUGUCUGGUGGAAAGGCAGACUGAACCAGGUUUUCCUCUAGGAUUUUGCCUGUGCUUAGCUCUAUUUAGCAUACCCAUAACAUGAUGCAGCCGCCGCCGCCAUGAUUGAAAAUAAGAGUGGUAAUCAGUGAUGUGUUGUAUUUGCCCCAAACAUAAUGCGUUGUAUACAGGACAUAAAGUUCAUUAAUUUGCCACAUAUUUUGCAGUUUUACUUUAGUGCCUUAUUGUAAACAGGAUGCAUAUUUUUUUUAUCCUGUACAGGCUUUCGUCUUUUCACUCUGCCAUUUAGGUUAGUAUUGUGGUGUAACUACAAUGUUGUUGAUCCAUCCUGGCUUCUCGUAUCACAGCCAUUAAACCGUCAUCAUUGCACUCAUGAUGGGGGGGGUAGUAGUAGUCAUUCAAAAAUCAUGUUCAACACUAUUAUUGCCUACAGAGUUAGUCCAUGCAAUUUGUGACUUGUUAAGCAAAUUUUUACUCCUGAACAUACUUAGGCUUGCCUUAACAAAAACAGAAUUCCCAUGUUGACAAUAGGGGGUAUUGUGUGUAGGCCAGUGACACAAAAUCUCAAUUAAAUCAAUUUAAAAUCCA